AUGUUUGAGCUACUUAUUCCGCAACGAAUUUAUAACAACAACAGUAAUGACACAAGCGAGUGCAAAACAGUGAAUAACUACAAAUUCAUGCUCGAUGACAAACCGCAAAUCGUUCCGUGCGUGGACGGCGAAGCAAAUUGCCUCGCUGAACGAACGAACGACCAAAAAUCGUUUUCUUCCAGUAUAAAAGAAAAAAUAGCCAUGUCGACUCUGCAAGGACUGCCUCCCUUGCCACGAAGCUUGAGCGGAUUCAACCUGAGCACCAACAGAGACGGAAACGAGCCGCCACCGCCACCCGCGAGGUCUUCUAGCAGGCCGCAACGCGGCGCCAGGACAUCCCCAGGAGUCGGGGGUCGACCGUCACCACAGGGUCGACAACUGACCACCCUCGAUACCCAGCUGGCAAAGCUUAGGAGAGAAAUGUUCGGCCUGCGUCAACUCGACCUGUCGCUGCUCUCCCAGCUUUGGUCGUUGAACGAGUCGAUCCAGGAGUUUCGACAACUUCUUCAGGAACAAGAAGACCGAGCACCAUCCCCAUCACCGAGCAGCGAGGAAGGCGACGAUACCUCGUACGGUAGCCAUCCACCGCCGCACCCCAGGAGGCCGCCCCCCGUCAGUCAUCACCACAGGGUGCCGAGACCCCCGCCGAGAAACGACUCACCCUCGAGCGAAGAGUACGGCGCCGUAUAAAUUAUUAUAAUAAUAAUAAUAAUAACGAUAAUAAUAAUAAUUAUAAUAUAAUUAAAGAAUUAAAGACUUACAAAUCAGAGAAAAAACGAACGGAAACUUAUACAUAUAAUAUAUAUAUAUACAUAUAUUAUAAACUAAAGACGUCACCCACGUACGCGCUGUUAUCUUACUCGUCUUGCCCUUCAGCAAAUUCUUGCUUCGGUCCAGAAAAAAAAUACUAAAAAUAAUAUUAAUAAUAAUAAUAACAACAACAACGUUUCAAUCACUCGUUGGAUCGAUAUCAGAAAUGUUCAGGGAGUAUGACAAGUCGCGUGUGUCAGGAUAAGGAUAGCUUAAUUUCCUGUCGUUCCUGUCUGAUGAUUGUUAGUGUUACGUCGAUACGGAGCGAAUAUUUAGUCUGAUAGAAAAUAUAUUUUUUUUUAAUCGACAGGUAACAGUUCUGAUCUCAAUAUUACUAUACAAAAUUACGAGCAGCGUACCUUCUCGGAUAUUUAUCGUGCGAGAUAAGGAAGAUGAUAUACACGAUCAGGAUGUCGUUUUUUUUUUGUUUUUUUUUUUUUAAUUGAUUUUUUUUCAUUCUCUUUAAUUUUAAACCGUUCCCUUGUACCGAAGAAGAGUCUUGUACAUAAUGAGAUAGGAGGAACGUAUACGUCGCGCAAAAUUUGUACCGUUUUGAUAUUCCUGAGAGAACGCAGUAAGACCGUGCAGUCCGGUAAAUUUAAUACGCUCGGAGAAUUUUGAAUCGUAAGUAUUUUACGGGUGUAUUUUCGUCGGUUUAUUUACGUAUUCGCAUCACGAUCGUCAGGUGAAGGAGGUAUACACAUCAUACCUACUCUUCGGUCAUUCGGCACGAUGUACAUUUUCCUCGCGUACUUUUUUCGGCCACGUGAAUGCUCGCUUUUUAUUUCCUUGA